UUUAUUUCACGUUUGGAGUACAAUUCAGCCCAAAGAUAGAGUUUAAAACUGUAAUGUGGAUCGUUCGAAAAACAAACAGUUCAUUUGGAAAAGUGAUAACAAAAUAUUGGUUAAAAAUGGCUUAAUUAAAGUUAACAUUCUAGAAUGAUUUUUUUCCGCCUACUUCUGCAUUAGAAUUCUUGAACGAAGUUAUAAUUAUAGCUGACGUUACUACAGUGUUAACUCGCCAUUGGGUCUGAGUGUGAAAUUACGCCAUCUAACUUUUCACAACAAGCGUAUUUCAACAUAAAAAUUGUUGACAAGAUAAGCGUUUACAAUCCUUUGUGGCUGGUUUCAAGGCGCUUUUGUGGCGGGAAAGAGAACGCAUGGCCUCAAAAAUAAUGUUGAGGCGGUGAAUCGAAUCGAAGAUAUGAAAUGUCCAGCCGGUAGCUAACUUGUUAUUCAAAAACAGGUUAUUUUACUUUGCGAGGAUUCCAGGUCGUCCCGUGAUCUGAUAUGAUUCUAAAUUUGUACAUGUGUCUGCUUUGAUGAAGAAAUUACUCCAGUCUAGACUGUUUGUGGACCAGCGGCAGUUUUAAAAUGAAACCACAGAAGGAAGAAAAACAGGCACAAAAGACUUCCAGCAUCAAGGUUGGAAAAGAUUCUGGAAGGGUCAAAGUUUUUGUCAGAGUUCGUCCACCUCGACCACAAGAAAACAGUCGCAAGGAACCAAUAGCUGUGAAUGUACAAGAACUGUCAUCUCAGAUCCAUGUUGCUGAUCCUAAACACAGCUGGGAGAAAACGUUCAAUUUUGAUCAUGUUUUCCCGAAAGAGGCCACAAACCCAGAGGUAUGCAGUACAAUAAGCAGGCCUCUUGUAAAUGCUGCUCUGAAUGGCUUUAACGGAACUCUGAUGGCGUACGGGCAGACAGGAUCAGGAAAGACCCAUACCCUAAUGGCACCUGAUGGUAUAACAGCUGGCGUCAUUGAAAGGUGCUUCAAGAGAAUAACUCAGGAUGACCGCCAUGAUUACAAGGUGACCAUGUCAUACUUACAAAUUUACCAGGAGAAAAUCUACGACUUGUUGAACUCUACAAAUAAGGUUGAGCUAAGCUUGAGAGAACAUCCUGUAAAAGGUGUUUAUGUGGAAAACCUUUCAGAGUUCGUGGUUCGAAGCCCUUCAGAAGUGCUAAAUCUUUUGACCGUGGGAAAGAAAAGACUAGUUUUCGCUGAAACUAAAAUGAACAGGAAUUCAAGCAGGUCGCACUCGGUUUGUCAGAUGACAAUUGAAAGAACUCUAAACAAGAACAAGAUUCUUACUGAAGGAACAAGCAAACAUGGUGCAAAUGUACGAGAUCCUAAGGAAGGACUGGAAGCGGGCAGCAGCAAAAACAGCGAGGAUUUAGAAGUAGAUUCACUAGCUGAGGUAACCGAAGAGAAUGGAGACACGGAAGAUGAUUCGUUUGCAAAAAUGGUAGCAUUUGACGAUGACGUGCUUAUUCGAGGGAAAAUAUACUUGUGCGACUUGGCUGGCAGUGAGCGACUCAAGAAAACUCACGCAGAGGGAGAGCGACUGAGUGAAGCACAGCAUAUUAACUCAUCCUUGCUCGAGCUAGGGUGAGAAUAUGUUUCCAACAUUUAGCCUAGCCUGCGUAGCAGGCGUUCAUUUCCAAAAGCACGCAAAAGGAACGAAACAGCGAGCGAGUGCAAAAAAUAAGGAGUAGGAGAAGGGAUUGGGAUCGUUUCCUCCCCACCCGUUCCCCCUUUUUUGCUCACCCCCUCCCCACUUCUUCCCAUAUUUUGCUCACCCCAAGCGUGGUUAUUCAGGCCAACAAGUUGACAAAUAGAAUAGAUUUAUUGUUUGGAAUCUUGUCUUUGUUAAGUUGACUGAGCCAGCAAAUUUCAUCGCAGACGUUGCGUGCGUAGUAUGGCGUAUAUUGAUGACAUCAAGCUCACGUGACAAGUGCCGGAGUGCUGAUUAUAAGAGUCAAAAAUCCUCGCGUGACCUGAACAAAGAUUUGCUAACAAAAUCGGACAAGCUUGUAGCCCUCGUCCGUUGUUAUUAUUCAAUAAAACAGUUCGUUCCUUGUCGUUUGAGGGGAAAAUGAAGCAAAAUAUUUCGCUGAGGAAGACGUAUAUAUCUAAUAUCAUCUCGCCGUUUUUGCGCGUGACCGUAAAAAUUUUGUUAAUUUUUUUUGACAUAUCUGCACUAUGAAAAGAAUGAGCUUCC